AUGACUGAGUCUCAUAUAACAAAAUUAAAAAAAUUAUGUCGAAUAAGUGGAGAAAAACUUGGAAAUCGUAGUGUUCUUUUAACAAACCAUGUAAAUAGAAUAGAAUUGCAUUUUUUUAUACGAAUCGACAAGGACGACCGAAAGAUGCACCCACAGAAGAUGUGUUACAGAUGCUAUUCAAUAAUGAGAAACAUAGAAAAAGGUUCCAAUACUAAUCUUAAAUUAAGAACCUGGAUUAGCAAUUGCCAGAAAUGUGAAUGUGUUUGCUUUAAAGUAAAUAAAGGAAGGAAACCAAAGAAAACUAUAAAAGGAAGGCCCUUGAGUAUAGCUAAUGAAGAAAUUUGGACUCGACAAGCAAUAAAUGACAUACAAGCUAAACUUUCACCUCUUCCAACUUUAAAUCUAAAACUACAAGACAUUAACCAAAACUUUAACCCACAUGUACAUCUUUGUGUCUGUUAUAUUUAUAAUAGUAUUAUGUAUAAACCAGUUAUCUUAAAAAACUGUCUGCAUUCGUUUUGUGCACCAUGUAUAUUACCACUUAUUAAUAAUAAAUUAUUAUCUAAAACAAAAUGCCCUAAAUGCUCUUUUUCAAUUUCAAUUAAUGAAUUAACCUCCUUUAGCAAUGUUAUUGAAAUGAUAAAUAAUAUUCAAGAAGAAUGUGAGCAACGCUGUGGUAGAUUAUUUAAAGUGUCAAAACUGGAUAUUGAUGCUGUUGCACUUUAUCUUAUUAAACAAAAAAUGUUGCAAACAACAUCCAAUGUAAUAGAAUUUCAGACGGAUGGACCAAGGUAUUUUAGCCUUUAUGCUUCACAUCAACACCAAAAGCAUAUAAAGAAAGUAAAGAUGCAACUUUACGAACAGUUCGCAAACGACAAUUACAGUUAA